AUGACACCAGCUACAGUUGCUCUUGUUUUGAGUUCAGAGAGUGAUAAGCUAGCUUUACUUGCUUUGAAACAGAAGCUCACCAAUGGAGUGCCUAAUGCUCUUCCAUCAUGGAACAACUCUCUGCAUUUCUGUGAAUGGCAGGGUGUUACAUGCGGACAUCGCCACAUGAGAGUCUCUGUCUUGAACUUGGAACAUCAAAACUGGGGUGGAACUCUUGGACCACCUUUGGAAAAUCUAACCUUCCUCAGAAGCCUCAUUCUUUCCAACAUAAACUUGCAUGGUCAAAUUCCUGAACAAAUUGGUCGGCUAAAGAGGUUGCAGAUUCUUGACUUGAGCCAUAACAAUGUUCAUGGUCAGAUUCCUAUACAUCUUAAUAAUUGCUCUAAACUUGAGGUAGUUAACUUGCUGUACAAUAAACUCACCGGAAAAUUUCCCUCCUGGUUUGGACUUGGAUCCAUGACACGGCUUAAUAAGUUGCUUCUUGGUGCCAAUGAUCUGGUUGGAACUAUCCCACCUUCCUUGGGGAAUCUUUCAUGCCUCCAAAAUAUUACAGUUGCAAGAAAUCAUCUGGAAGGAAGUAUACCUCAUGUUUUGGGUCGGUUAUCAAAUUUGAAAGAGUUGAAUCUUGGUUUAAAUAAUUUGUCAGGAGUAGUGCCUAAUUCUCUUUACAACCUUUCGAAUAUUCAAAUUUUUGUUCUCGGGGAAAACCAGUUAUUUGGUGUUCUUCCAUCAAACAUACAACUUGCUUUUCCACAUCUUCGAGCAUUCUUGAUUGGAAGCAACAAGUUCAAUGGAACAUUCCCCUCUUCAAUAUCCAACAUCACUGGAUUACAAGGGUUUGAUAUCUCCUCAAAUGGUUUUACUGGACCAAUUCCUCCCACUUUGGGAAGCUUGAAAAAACUAGAGAAGUUUAGCAUUUGUGAUAAUAGUUUUGGAAGUGGGAGAGCUCAAGAUUUAGAUUUCCUUUCCUCAUUAACCAAUUGUACUCGAUUGAAGAUACUUCUUUUAGAUUGGAAUGAAUUUGGUGGUGCGCUGCCGGAUCUCAUUGGCAAUUUUUCUACCCACCUUACUUCAUUUAGUAUGGCGGUUAAUCAAAUAUCGGGAAUGAUACCUGAAGGAAUUGGAAAACUAAUCGGUUUAACUAACUUCAUCAUGGUAGACAAUUAUCUGGAGGGAAGCAUUCCAGAUUCAAUUGGAAAGCUUAAAAAUCUAGUAAGAUUGGCCCUGCAAGAAAACAAAUUGUCUGGUUAUAUUCCUACUGCCAUUGGCAAUCUUACUAUGUUGUCUGAACUUUAUCUGCACACCAAUCAAUUCGAAGGAAGCAUUCCAUUAAGCCUCAAAUACUGUACUCGCAUGCAGUCAUUUGGAGUUUCCGGCAACAACUUGAGUGGUAAUAUUCCUAACCAAGCAUUUGGUAAUCUAGAAGGUUUGAUAAAUCUUGACUUAUCCACCAACUCUUUCACUGGUUCCAUCCCUUUAGAGUUUGGAAACUUGAAGCACCUUUCUAUAUUACAUCUAUACGAAAACAAAUUGUCUGGUGAAAUACCCCCAGAACUUGGCGCUUGUUCCGGAUUAACAGAGCUUCUGUUGGAGAGAAACUUAUUUCGUGGAAGGAUACCUUCGUUCUUGGGCGCUUUCGGGUCCCUUGAACUCCUCGACCUUUCUAACAACAACUUCUCAAGCACAAUCCCUGCUUAA